AUGGCUGACGAUGCAGUAUUAGACGCCAUUACAAACGAAACCAAGGAGGAAGUUUCUCAAGAUCAAGAGCUCAAGGAGAGGAAAUUUUCAUGGCAAAAGUUACGCAGAUAUGACUCUUUGGACAUCGAGUCCCGCAGCUUUCAUGGUCCUCAUCAUGACCAUCACUCCAAGGCUAUGGAUUGGUCAACGAUCGUGCAUCUAGCAUUUCAAAGUAUUGGAGUGGUGUACGGGGAUGUUGGUACAUCACCGCUAUACGUGUAUACCAGCACCUUCCCCAAUGGUAUCUCGCACAACGACGAUAUCCUAGGAGUACUUUCUUUGAUCUUCUAUACCAUCACCUUAAUUACUCUCAUCAAGUACGUGUUGAUUGUUUUAAGGGCUAACGAUAAUGGCGAAGGUGGGACGUUUGCGUUAUACUCUCUCUUAUGCCGCUAUGCCAAGGUUGGUUUUAUUCCGAAUCAACAAGCUGAGGACCAUGAAGUGUCAAAUUAUGAGCUUGAAGUGCCAAAUGGUCGUGUACGGAUGGCAUCGUGGCUCAAGUCUACGCUAGAGAACAGCAAAUUUGCAAAGCAAAUCUUAUUGUUUGCCACAAUGCUUGGAACUUCCAUGUUGAUUGGGGACGGUGUUCUUACUCCUUGUAUCUCAGUUUUGUCGGCUGUGGGAGGAAUCCGGAUAGAAUCAACUAAAGUAACACAAGAUAUGGUUGUUUGGAUAUCAGUGGUUAUAUUGAUUGUGCUAUUCGCGGUUCAAAGACUUGGAACUGAUAAAGUAGGCUAUACCUUUGCUCCGAUAAUUUGCAUUUGGUUUACAUUUAUUGGCGGCAUUGGCGUCUACAAUUUCAUCAAAUAUGACCCUGCUGUAGCUAAGGCAAUAAAUCCAUACUAUAUUAUAGAUUAUUUUCGGAGGAAUAAAAAAGAUGCUUGGGUUUCCCUUGGUGGUGUUGUCCUUGCCAUAACAGGAACUGAGGCUUUAUUUGCUGAUCUUGGUCACUUCUCAGUUCGAUCCAUUCAAAUAAGCAUGUGCUGUGUGACCUAUCCAGCUCUUAUAUUGGCAUACACUGGACAAGCAUCCUUCCUUCGCAAGCACAAUGAUCUUGUUGCUACUGCCUUUUACAAAUCCAUACCAGGACCUCUAUAUUGGCCAACUUUUGUGGUGGCUGUGUUAGCAUCAAUUAUAGCAAGCCAAGCCAUAAUAUCAGGGACUUUCUCUAUAAUACAACAAUCCCUCUCUCUAGGGUGUUUCCCUCGAGUGAAAGUAAUCCACACAUCAACGAAGUAUGAAGGACAAGUUUAUGUACCUGAAGCUAAUUACCUUCUUAUGGUGGCUUGUGUAGCAGUCACUUUGGGUUUUAGGACAACAACUAACAUUGGCAAUGCCUAUGGGAUAGCAGUGGUUUUUGUAAUGACCCUCACAUCAUGCUUCAUAGCUCUAGUGAUGAUCAUGAUAUGGAAAACCCACAUACUUCUCAUAAUUUCAUACAUUCUUAUCAUUGGCAGUGUAGAGCUUGUAUAUUUAAGUUCAGUCCUCUACAAAUUUGACCAAGGAGGAUAUCUUCCCCUAGCAUUCGCAACAGUCCUAAUGACUGUAAUGUAUACUUGGAACAGUGUUUUCAGGAGAAAGUAUGAUUAUGAGCUUAAGCAUAAGAUUUCCCCAGAGACGUUAAAGGAAGUAGUUGCUAACACAAGCCUUUGUCGAAUACCUGGACUUGCCCUGUUCUACUCAGAGCUUGUUCAAGGCAUCCCACCAAUUUUCAAGCACUAUGUGGCGAAUGUGCCCGCAUUGCACACUGUCCUUGUUUUCAUCUCCAUCAAGUCACUUCCCAUAAGCAAGGUUCCAGUGAAAGAGCGUUUCCUAUUUCGCCAAGUAGAGCCUAAAGAGCUUAAUGUGUUUCGCUGCGUUGUUAGAUAUGGAUACACAGAUGUGCAAAAUGAGCAAGAGCCCUUUGAAAAGGUUUUGAUAGAAAACUUGAAGUUCUUUAUUGCAGAGAAUUUAUGGUUGUCCAAAAAUGUGCAGAAUAAUAAUGUUGAGAACGAUGGAGAUACACUGGAUGAGAGGCAUGUUGAAGAGGAUCAAUCAGAGGAAUUUGAAAGACAGAUUGAGACUGUGGACAAGGCAUGGCAUGCUGGUAUUGUUCACUUCAUUGGUGAGACUGAUGUGGUUGCUGCAAAAGGAGCCAGUGUUGCAAAGAGAAUUUUGAUAGAUUAUGCUUAUACUUUCAUGAAAAGAAAUUUAAGAGAAAGUGAAAAAGUGCUUGAUAUUCCUCACAAGCGUAUGCUGAAAGUGGGUAUGACUUAUGAACUUUAA